CGUCCUGCCUUACCAUCCCGGCGAAGUUGCGCAGGGAGAAAUCGCAGAAUUUGUUCCCUGUGGCUAGGAUAUAAAUAGGAGACAAUAGCCACACGGUUUCCUUCUUUAGCAAUGUUUUAUUACCUAAGACGAUAGGGUUUGCAAGGCAAUGACCGGAGUAUGGAGACAUCGUAAAUAGUACAUGAACCGUACCAAGAUCUGUCAUUUGAUUGAAAAGGAAACUUCGCUUCACUGAACCAUUGGAAAAGUCGUGCUUUCCCGGCUAAUCAGGACAGUUUUGCCAGCACGUGAAAGAAAUCGAUUUAAAUCUUCGUUAGAGCUGUUACUCUGGAACCUUCUGGAGGAAUAGUGACUUCUGUGAGUGAAUUCCAUUCCGCCCACUCCGACGACCCCAACAUUAGCUUCACUUCCGAUUUGAUACUAGUAGCUCCGGUCGAAUUUUUUCAUGCAAUAAGAAUUUCUUUUGUCUGGUAUUGACACUUUCGGCGUCGUGACUGGUACUAACAAAAUAACCGCGCGGCGGAAAGAAGAGAGGAGCCUGUUUCACUUACAUUGUGCUGGUUUAUUGGUCGUCUUCGUUUUGAAAAUUUCCAAAACAUCAGUUUCGUGCCAUCGUGACACGACAAAUAAACUUUACAGAGAAAACGUGAUAUGUAAUUUUGUUUCCCUUUCGCCACAACAAGUUCAAAGGUCUGGUUGUAAAUAGAAUCAAAACAAGUUGUGCAUGAUUUGCGGUUAUUGGCCUAUUGAGUCCAUCUGUACAGAGUACUUUGAAUUCCGUGCUCGAGCUCUAAAUGUUACAGGAGCGCAAUAUAACGUUACAAUUGGCCUUUCCGAUAUUUCAUUCCCAGGGGUGAAGGAUUUAUUACUACGGUUAUGACUGAAAGUGAAUCAUGUUGUACUUCACAACCAAUUCCUUCCUCUCCCGAUUCAAAUCCUUUCAAGACUUGGCAAGAUGUUGUUGGAGCUGACUCACAAUCCAGUGAGACAAUCAUACCUGUAAACAAUAACCCAAAUGAAGAGGGAAACUCACUCCUUCCUAAUGGUGAUAUGUAUCAUACGGAAAUGGACUCACAAUUAACAGAAAGUGAGAUGCAACAAAGAACUAAAGAUCUUCGAAAGCACCUGAGACUCGACCUAGCUGACUCAAACUCUGAUUCAAACUCUAGCCUUCCACCACCAAAGAGUUCCUGGUUGUUGCGACUGUUUGAAUCCAAGCUAUUUGACAUGUCAAUAGCGAUUGCAUAUUUAUUCAACUCCAAAGAACCCGGAGUUCUGACAUAUCUUGGAAACAAAUUAUUUACCUUUGAUGAUGAAGAUGUCAACUUUUAUUUGCCUCAGCUUAUUAACAUGUAUAUCCAUGUGGACGAAGUGUCAGAAGCCCUUCAUAGAUAUUUGGUUGAAAGAUGCAAAAGAAGCUUUGCCUUUGCUUUACAGGCUUCAUGGCUGUUGGAGGCUUACUGUGCCGAUGGAUGGCUCCCGUCAAAAGAAUACGCCAGAGGUGUCAGGCUACUGCACAUGAUUUUGGAUGAACUCAGACCAAGGUCACCCUUAAGUCCAUGUGGAGUUUCUGGGUCUCACACUUUACCUUUGCCUGCUUCUCCAGGAGCCACAGGCAUGACAAUUACCACUCCAGCAAAGAAAACUCACCAGAGAUCAAAAUCAGAUGCAACUGCUGCUAUAACAGCUUCUACUCGUCUGAUGCAAUCGAAUGAGUAUGAAUCCCCAACUGGAGACCUGAGAUAUGGCCAUGCAUUUGACAGCCGCUGCGCCAAACACUCACCUGCAAUAUCUCCCAAUGCCUCAAGUCCUCUUCUCUCUGAGCUAGAUCGAACUCCAGAUUGUGGGUGCCAGUCUCCAAAGCUGGUAGCUCAAAGAGAGUUCAUAAGUGCAUUGAUUGCUGUUGGAAAGAGGCUCACUUCUUUGCCAACAAAAGAACUUAAGACGUCAAGACUGUAUGCAGAAUUGUCACUCUUGAAUCUGAACUUGCCAGCCAAAGUCAGCCUACCAGUUCACAGUGGAAUUGGAGAUCAUUAUGUUGUCAGAAUACCACACACAGCAGCAGUGGUUCUUAACUCCAAAGAUAAGGCUCCAUACAUGAUAUAUGUUGAGGUUUUGUGUACUUCAGGAAAUGGAGAUGAUCCAUUGCCAACAAAACAGUUCCAGCCUACAUUACGACAAACAAGGUCAGAAGAACAUUUGCCAACUUACUGCCGGUCAGAAGUUCCCCAGUUUGCAAUAUCAUCUGGUGGUGACUCAGAUGAUGAAUGCUGGUCUACUGUGAUUGAAGAUAAGACAAAUCAAGAAACAGUGGAUGGUCCGUUUGUUGCUGCAGGGGACAUAAGACGAAGACUCUCAGAGUCCCUUAGUGCACCUCAAGCCUUGUUUAAGAGGGACCCUGAAGAUCCUUCAGCCGCUGUCCUCAAGGAACCUUGGGAAGAAAAAGAGGCAAGGAUUCGUGAGGCAUCACCUUAUGGUCACGUGCCUAACUGGAAACUGUUACCGAUGAUCGUGAAAUGUGGGGAUGAUCUUCGUCAAGAACUUCUAGCCUAUCAACUGUUGCUGCAAUUCCAGGCCAUUUGGAAACAGGAAAGAGUCCCCCUUCGCCUUCGACCGUUCGCUGUUAUGGUGACCUCAAGUGACAGUGGGCUCAUUGAACCUGUAGUGAAUGCCGUGUCACUCCAUCAGAUCAAGAAAAACAGUCAGAUGUCUCUCUUGAAAUACUUUAUCAAGGAGCACGGAGAAGUGAACUCGGAAGAGUUCCUUAACGCUCAACGAAAUUUUGUCCAAAGCUGUGCUGCUUACUGUUUGAUCUGUUACUUCAUGCAAGUCAAGGACAGACACAAUGGCAACAUUUUACUGGAUGGAGAAGGCCACAUUAUUCAUAUCGACUUUGGCUUCAUCCUUUCGUGUUCUCCUCGAAACUUAGGUUUCGAAAGUUCUCCCUUUAAACUAACGCACGAAUUUGUAGAGGUAAUGGGUGGAAUUGACAGUGACAUGUACAACUACUUCAAAAUUCUGAUGCUUCAAGGCUUCCUGGCCGCGCGAAAGAACAUGGACAAAUGUCUUCAGAUAGUGGAGAUCAUGCAAACAGGUUCACAGCUUCCAUGUUUUAACCGAGGCUCGUCCACAGUCCGCGCCAUGAGAGAAAGAUUUCACAUGAACUUAACAGAGGAACAGCUGGACACGUUUAUUAAUGAAUUAGUUGAGACCAGCAUGCACUCACUGACCACUAAACUUUACGACGGCUUCCAAUACCUCACAAAUGGCAUUCUUUGACACGAGACUGUCCCUGCAGACAAGUCGGCUGACACCUAAUAUGGUCAAGGAAGUGGACAGUUUACACUGAACGGGAAAUACCCCACCCGGAUAAAGCGUUCACCAGUUCUUUAAGUCAAGUUUUUGAAUGCACAAGAUACAGAAUGUACCACGCCAGAGAAGGCUUCGAGAAUUUUUAAACACUUCCACAUUUGAAGGAAAGUGUAGCAACUUAGAUGUGUCGGUUAACAUUGGGGGUGCAUUCGACUGAUCAUGCUGAAAAUGCGGACGGGCUUGCAUUCAUGUAUUUUUUACACUUGAAAGGAACACUUAGGUACCCAAUAUGAUUAAAGAGGAUACCAUUUGUUUUUGUUUCUUUUUGGAGAAAAAUUUACAGGACAACGAAUUGGAUCGAUCAGCACCAAGAACUUUUACUAAGAAAACCAUAAUUUCUCGGUUAUUGAACUAAUGUUGUAGAUGAAGCUCAAAUCGGCUUUGUGCUCCCUCAACGUGUUUGUAAGGUUGGUAAUUGUGAUGUUGUUUCCACAGAUUGUGAAUCGGAUAUUGUCUUUAAAUCCUGUACGAAAUUUAAAAAAUAUUAUUGAAGUAUUUUAAAAAGAACGAAUUUAAUGACUGAGAAGAAACAGGAACAUUUUGGGGCUAACAAUGACAACCUUUUUGGGUGGUUAGUUCCAAUCGGCACCACGAUUUACUCUGAAAAGAAAAUGAAACAAGAUACAUCGACUAGUAGCAAAAUACUCGUAACAUCUCAUUGUUAAAACUAGACAUCUAGUUUCCGUGUUUUCAAAGCGCUGUAAAUCGUUACUUCGAGAAUUAUGGAUAAGGUUUUAUUUUCUGAUUAUUUUUCAAAAAUGAUACACUCUUCACUUUGACAAUCUUCUAUGAACCUCAGAAUGAAACACGACGUGAUGUGACUAGGCUCUUGAGGAACGCACCAAGUUUAACCCUGAUAGUUUCACUAAAAACUUUUAAAUUAUUACUAUUUGAUUGGUAGCACCUGUCUUGGCUUCGUUCUUUUGUAAUGUCAAAGAAACUAUUGAUUACAAUUUUGAUAUUUUUAACAAUUUUGUUUAAUAAAAGGAGCUGUUCUUGUUCG